UCGCUACUGGUCAUGAAUCUAACGAGAACAUGGAAUCUAAUGAGAAAAACAAGUUCUUCGAAUACUUAGGCAAGAAGUAAAGGUGACGCAUGAUGUUGCAUCAGACCCUAUUCGUGGUACAAUUAAAAAAUGCAGAUGUCAACAAGUUGAACUUAGACAAUAGAGACACAAGAUUUUUCUUGAUUCUACAUUUUUUUUUAAUUAGAAAUGACCCUUCUCGGCUUCUCCCCUUUGCAUUCUUCUAUAAUUAGUCUAAAAUCAAAGCAUUAAUUCAUCUCGUCUUUCUCUGUAAUUCAAAACACAUACUUAUUUCAAUCCCUUUUAUUCCACUUCCAAAGUUAGCUUCAACUCCAAAUAGAAAUGGCUUCUGAAAUUUCCCUUCAGCAUCAACUUCAUGUCUUCAUUUUCCCUGCCACAGCUCAAGGUCAUUGGAUCCCAAUGAUCAACAUUGCGAAGCUAUUUGCUGCUCGUGGUGUUAAAACCACUAUUAUUAGCACACCUCUUCACGCGAUAACCCUUUCGAAAACUAUCAAUCAUGAUAGAUUAUCUGGUCUCGAUAUUAAUAUUCAGACAAUUCCAUUCCCUGCAGUUGAGGUCGGGUUGCCGGAAGGAACAGAAAGUGUUAACCAACUUAUUUCACCUGACAUGAUACCUAAAUUCUUUUUGGCCGUUAGCAUGCUUCAUCAGCCAUUUGAAAAACUCUUGGAAGAAUACCGCCCAGAUAUUGUUGUUGCUGAUAUGUUCUUUCCUUGGGCAACUGAGGCAGCAGCAAAAUUUGGCAUUCCUCGGUUAAUCUUUCAUGGAAUAAACAUAUUUUGUCAGUGUGUCGACGAGAACUUGAGAAUUAACAAACCAUUCGAGAGCAUCACAGAUGAUAAAGAAUCUUUUUUGGUUCCUGAUCUUCCUGACAAGAUAGAGAUGACCAAGUCUCAAGUGCCUCAACAUAUUAUUGGCGAUUCCAUGUUUAGUGCAUUGAUGGAGAAAAUCAGAGAAUCGGAGCAGAAGAGCUAUGGAGUUUUGGUGAACAGCUUCUACGAGCUGGAGCCAGCAUAUGCUGACCAUUACAAGAAUGCUAUGGGAAUAAGAGCAUGGCAGAUUGGUCCUCUUUCGCUUCAAAAUAGUGAUAGUACAUUAGAUAAGGCUGAAAGGCGAAAUGAAUCAACUACUGAAGAGCAUAGCGCUUUGAAAUGGCUCGAUUCCAAGAAACCAAACUCAGUUAUUUAUGUGUCCUUUGGUAGUAUGUCUAAACUCCCUAAUGAUCAAUUGACUGAGAUAGCAACCGGUCUAGAAGAUUCAGGAUGCUCAUUUAUUUGGGUUGUGAGAAAGACGAAUAGCGAAGAGGAAGAAAAAUUCUUACCCGAAGGCUUUGAAGAGCGAAUGGAAGGCAAGGGAUUGAUAAUUAGGGAAUGGGCACCGCAAGUGCUCAUCCUCGACCAUCCAGCAGUUGGAGGAUUCAUGACUCACUGUGGAUGGAAUUCUAUUUUGGAAGGUAUAACUGCAGGUGUUCCUAUGAUAACUUGGCCUAUGUUUGCGGAACAGUUCUAUAAUGAGAAGUUAGUUACUCAAGUGUUGAAAAUUGGAAGCCAAGUAGGAGCUGGGGAAUGGAACGGCUGGAUAGAAACGGCAAAUGCAUCUGUGAAGAAGGAGCACAUAUCUAAGGCAGUCACUCAGCUAAUGAGUGAUGACGGAGAAGAAAACAAGGAUAUGCGAAAGCGAGUGACCGAACUUGGUGAAAAGGCGAAAAGAGCUGUAAAAGAAGACGGCUCGUCUUAUGUUCAAUUUACUGCUUUGAUUGAGGAAUUGAAAAUGUCUAAGAAGUAAAAUAUCAACACUGACACGCAAUUACAUUUCAUUGGAUACUGAUGUUAUGAUUUAUGAAUGAAUUUUUGUUUAAGAUAAGGCAUGUGAAUUAGA